UACCGUCCAUGUACUGUUCUACUAAAAAAUCUCUGGUUGAGUAGCACGGUGACACGGUGACAGCCUUCAUUUCAUAUUUUUGCCAAAGGUUUCUCCUCGAAGUUUUUCUCUUCUUUUUAGACGAAUGUAUCCUUCGAAAGUUCGAAUUAUCAUCGGUAAGGAGGACGGAGGAAAACUCCAAAAACUAAUUUUGUUUCCUUUCAGGCCACGUGGCAAGCUCUCACUGAACCCAAGGCUGAAGCUCGUAGGAGAAAAGCUGCGCUGUCGACCUCUCGUGGCGCCACGCCAACGAACUCACGUGGCAGUGUAAAGUCGAGCUGGACAACCAGUGGGCACCCACCUCCCCAUCGGAAUGGUGAAAGACCUCCCCGAAACUAAUAUCUAAUCGUGUGCACGGGUGACCGACACGUGGAUCCCGACACCCUCUCUCCUCUCUCUUGGAUCCGCCUAUAAGACCGUCUCUCUCUCCCCGUUGUCCUCCUCAUUUUCUCGCAAGGAACUGAAAACUUCUCUCGAUUUUCGGUGUAUUUUUCCGAAACUAUCCCUGGAGCGAAGACUGAUUGGACCAAAAUGCCCUCCCGUAUGAGUCGGAUACAGCAGGAGCAGGAGCACUGCAUCAUGGUCGCCGCCCUCAAGCACGUAAUCUCCGGUGGAAGCAGCAGCGGGCCUACCCCUGAGCACCCGCAGCCAAUGACUGCCGUCUACAAUGCCACGUGUACGCAAUUGGCAGCGGGCCAACCGGCACAACAGGAGAAGGACAUGCUGGCCGUCUUACUAGACGGGGACACGUGUCGCCUGUGCGGGAUACCCGGGUGUCUCGGGUGCAACUACUUCCCGCCAACGUUGCCGAAUCGAACCAAGAAGCCGCAGCUGAGUUUAGGAACCGGGUUUGCCGGGAUGAAUGUGGCGACUACGAGGAAGAGCAAGAACAAGUACAGGGGCGUGAGGCAGAGGCCGUGGGGGAAAUGGGCCGCUGAGAUUCGCGACCCACGGCGGGCGGCCAGGGUGUGGCUCGGGACGUUCGAGACGGCGGAGGAAGCGGCCAGGGCUUACGACAAGGCCGCCGUCGAGUUCCGCGGGAACAGGGCAAAGCUCAAUUUCCCAUUGAACCCGGACGGCAACAUUGUCACUGAGUAACAACAGUUCUAGUAGUGGAACGGGUGCUAAUGCCGGUACCAAUCCAGGAUUCGAUAAUAAGCAAAAAGCAAAAGAAAAUUAGCAAAAUGGGGGUCAUGGAGGAGGAGGAGGAAGCUUGAUCAGGUCAAAGUCAACCUGGCGACGCAACCAGAGAAUAUGGAAUUGGCGGCGGCGGGGCAAUGGCAGAAAGCGGCGUUGGUCAUGAAGAUGCGGGACAAGGACUUCCUCCAAGAUGGUGACCUAUUGGCGUAUAUAUGGCAGCCCACAAACUAGUGUUUGUGCCUUUUUUGCUGGGCGCGACAGUUUUGAAGAAGUUUUUUGAUGCGUUAUGAACAUAGCUUAUUACACUACGUGUCAUAAUAUAAUUGAUUAAAAAUUUUAUUUUUAAGAUCAUUUUCGCAC